AGCGCCUCGAGUAAGAAAACGGCUGCCAGAAGGGGGCGCCAUUCCCGCUCCUCCCUGCCUCCCCCCUCCCUCCGUAGCCAUGGCGACGGCGUGACGUGACGUGCCCGGGGAGUCGAGCGGAGGGGGCCGCGGCUGCCGGCCUCAGUCACCUCCGAGCCGGCCGGCCGGCCGAUCGACCGACCGACGGAGGGAAGGCCCGAUCGAUCCAUCGAUCGAUCCAUCAUCGAUCCAUCCCCCCGGCUCCGCCCCCGGGCCCGUCCCAUCCCGUCCCAUCCCGUCCCCGCCCCAGGCCGGGGCGCCGGAGGACACAAGGCGAAGCAGCGGAAGGCGCGUGCAUGGCGGGGGCCGCGGGCGCGCGCGCGUUGGCGCGCGCGGCCUCCGCCCAGCCGCGGCCGAUGAGGGUCCUAUGGGUCUGCGGCCGGCUGCUGCCCCGGGGGGGCCCGGAGGCGGGGGUCGGCCUGCCCCCCCGAUGCCCCUUCAUGGGCUUCGGCAGCCCCUUCACCAACAAGCGCAAGGAGUAUUCGGAGCGGCGGAUCAUGGGGUAUUCGAUGCAGGAGAUGUUCGACGUGGUGUCCAACGUGGAGGAGUACAAGGAGUUCGUGCCCUGGUGCAAGAAGUCGCUGGUUGUGUCAAGGCGCAAGGGCCACCUCAAGGCCCAGUUGGAGGUCGGGUUCCACCCGGUCAUGGAGCGCUACACGUCGGCCGUCUCCAUGGUCAAGCCUCACCUGGUCAAGGCCAUCUGCACGGACGGCCGACUCUUUAACCACCUGGAGACCGUCUGGCGUUUCAGCCCCGGGCUCCCCGCCUACCCCCGCACCUGCACGGUGGACUUCUCGAUCUCCUUCGAGUUCCGCUCGCUGCUGCACUCGCAGCUCGCCACCAUGUUCUUCGACGAAGUGGUCAAGCAGAACGUCGCCGCCUUCGAGCGUCGUGCGGCCGCCAAGUUUGGGCCCGAGACCACCAUCCCCCGUGAGCUCAUGUUCCACCAAGUGCACCAGACGUGAGACGAGGACCCCCUCCCCUAUUUAUCUGGUUGGAUGUCGGGGGAGGGAGCAGGGGAAGGAACAGGGGAGGAUCAGGGACCCUCCUCCCUCCCGGACAUCCAGAAAGAAGGCCGGACUUCCGGGACCCAGCUUGCCCCGGGUGGGGUGGCCUGCUUUUGUAAAAUAGUCAAUAAAGAAUUCGGAGGCGUGUGA